GUGUCGGCUUCUAAUCAAACCGAUCCCAGUCGCAGCGCUGCCUGUAGUCGGUCUCUCGCCUUCUGUCUUUACGCCUCCCGGAAGCGGUCAAUGUCAGUUCAAGAUGGCGACGCACAUGGCGAGAUUCAGGACUUGGAACCGAGCGAACAGUUUGGGAAUUGUUGCCUAUAGACGGUACAGCAGUGGUGGCGGAUACCCAAACAUUUCACUGUCCUCGCCAUUACCUGGCAUACCCAAGCCAGUGUUUGCAUCCGUUGAUGAACGUGAGAAAUAUGAAACGAAAGUCACCACUCUAGAAAAUGGCCUCAGAGUUGCGUCACAGAACAAGUUUGGUCAGUUCUGCACCGUUGGGGUCUUGGUGAACUCCGGAUCCCGACAUGAGGCAAAGUUUCCAAGUGGAAUUUCACAUUUUCUGGAGAAACUUGCCUUUUCUUCCACAGCCCAGUAUGGGAGCAAAGAUGAAAUUCUCCUGACCCUGGAGAAGCAUGGAGGGAUUUGUGAUUGCCAGGCAUCGAGAGACACAACAAUGUAUGCGGUUUCUGCAGAGGUGAAGGGUUUGGAUACUGUGGUUGGCCUUCUUGCCGACGCUGUCCUGCAACCCCGUCUAACUGAUGAGGAGAUUGAGAUGACACGUAUGGCUGUGCGGUUUGAGUUGGAAGACCUCAAUAUGAGACCGGAUCCUGAGCCCCUGUUGACGGAAAUGAUCCAUGCGGCAGCGUAUCGGGGGAACACUGUUGGGUUGCCCCGCUUCUGUCCUGUGGACAACGUGGAGAAGAUCGACCGGUCUGUGCUGCAUACCUACCUUCGGAGUUACUACACCCCAGAACGCAUGGUGCUAGCGGGGGUGGGAAUUGAGCAUGAGCAGCUAGUGGAUUGCGCCAGGAAGUACCUACUUGGAAUGAAGCCUGUGUGGGGAGCAAGCACGCCUGGCAACGUUGACCUGUCUGUGGCAGCGUACACAGGUGGCAUAAUCAAGACUGAGAAAGAUAUGUCUGAUGUAAGCUUAGGCCCUACGCCCAUCCCUGAACUCACCCACAUCAUGAUUGGCCUGGAGAGCUGCUCCUUCCUGGAGGAUGACUUCAUUCCCUUUGCCGUCUUAAACAUGUUGAUGGGUGGCGGAGGGUCGUUCUCAGCCGGGGGUCCUGGGAAAGGAAUGUUCACUCGCCUUUACCUUAAUGUGCUUAACAGGCAUCACUGGAUGUACAAUGCCACUUCCUACCACCAUAGCUAUGAAGACUCUGGUCUGCUUUGCAUCCAUGCAAGUGCUGAUCCCAGACAGGUGCGGGAAAUGGUGGAGAUUAUUACAAGGGAGUUCAUUCAAAUGGGUGGGACACCAGGAGAGAUGGAGCUGGAGCGGGCCAAGACCCAGCUGAAGUCGAUGCUGAUGAUGAACCUGGAGUCUCGGCCAGUCAUCUUCGAGGACGUGGGUCGGCAGGUGCUUGCCACUGGAAAGAGGAAGCUGCCACAUGAGCUGUGUCAAAUGAUCAGCAGCGUGACGGCCAGCGACAUCAAGCGGGUGACCACCAAGAUGCUGCGCAGCAAGCCGGCGGUGGCGGCGCUGGGAGACCUGACGGAGCUGCCCUCCUACGAGCACAUCCAGACCGCACUCUCCAGCAAGGACGGGCGGCUCCCCCGCAUGUACCGCCUUUUCCGAUAGGCCGGGGCGAACAGACUGCAGCUGUUACUGCUCAUGGAGGAGCGCGCGUGCUGGAAACUGAACCAUAACGCUGUUCUCUCACCGGAGACGGCGUGGAACUAAUUGUGGAUUGUGGGAAUGUGAAGUGCGCCAUACUAUUUAAAACCUUAUCGUUACAGGCUUAGGAAAAGGGGUUGCCUUACAAAAGUCUGUCUUAAAAAUUCAAGGUUGCUGCUAUGCAUAUAUAGUUCACAUAGAUAUAUGUAUAGUUCAUAGAUGUAAAGUCCUUAAUGGGAAGGAAAGGACACAAAGACACACCCUGCUCCACAGAUCUCAUUAUGGCUCAUGUCUUGGACUACUUUUGUGGAUUUGCAUGCCUUUGGUUGUAAAAUAGUAUACAUGCGAGCAAAGGUAGAUAGAUUUUUCCAGAAACUUGCAGGAUUGUUUAUACUCAGUAAUGGUUACACAUAUGUACAGUCACUCAUAUUGAUGGUUGUGUACUCAAAGCAUCCUGAAGACAGUGGGGGCUAAAGUUCAUGGGAAUUCUAUGUAGGCAGUGGCUGCAAAUUCGGAAUUUAUACUUUGUUACCUAAAUGUACUUUAUUCCUUUAUAUAUGGCUUAAUUCCUUACCCCUGUGGUUAAAAAUGUAAAAUUUGAACAUUCGUGCAGUGUUGCGUUGUGAGUUUGCGCAUCCUCUACAAAUUGUCCUAUACAAUUCAAUCAAAAACGGGUCAUGUUAUGCCAAUCACCCAUAUUAUUGUGAAUUUCCAAGUAGUUUUGACUACAGGAUAACCUGCUUUGAACUGUUGACCAUCCACUGGUAAAAGCUGGCCUCCCAAAAGAUACUGAUUACCAUAGAAAGGAAAUUUUGAUGUUUAUUUGAGGCAAAUAAGUCCACCAUGUCAUUCUAAAAUUAUUUUAGACUUCGAUUCAUUCAUACCCUUGGCCAACAUUUCAAAUGCCAUGCUGUGUCCAUCAUUAUCUGAAACAUACCAAAGACCUGAAUUUAAAGUACAAAUCUGAUUUCUGAACCAUGACUUGUUAUUCUGCUCAGAAGCCCAGGGUAGUUAUGUCAGUUGGAAGAUUUUGCUUGGCGUGUUCCUGCAUUUCAGUACAGAGCUGUUUUCAUUUUUAUUUAUUAAUUGCGGUACCAAACACCGCCAUUUUUUCAUAAUUGUAGUGGUCAUCAUGACUACCGCCCACAUUAAAACACAGCAGAAAAGAACUUGCAGACCAUAUACCAAUCUAGAAUGUGUUUUGGAUCUGUGACUGUUUAAAUAUGUAUAAUCUUGUGUAUAUGUAUGGAGGCAAGUAACUCAGAUAAGACCUUUCCAGUUGCUGUACAACUGAUUAAUUCACCCUUAUACUAAAAUAUUUGAAAUGGGCACGGAGUGUUUUAGGAUAUUGAUUUUUAAACAAGGCUAUUUGUUUCUAUACAGUAUUCAUAAGUACAAUGUAAUUAUUAAAACUAUAUUUAAAAUUA